AUGUUUCUUAAUCAAACUAUUUACUCAGUUGCUAAUCCAACAGCAGUAGCAGUCGUGGAUGUGAACAGUGAUAACAAACCCGAUAUUGUUGUUGCGAACUAUGGUGCGAACACCGUCAGCAUUCUUCUUAACUUAGGUGGCGGCACCUUUAAUGUUCACUCUACUUACUCAGUUGAUAAUAAUCCAGAAUCAAUAGCAGUCGUCGAUCUGAAUAGUGACAACAAACCAGAUAUUGUUGUUGGAAAUCUUCUUGCGAGCACCAUCAGUGUUCUUAUCAACGCAGGCAGCGGCAAUUUUAAUGCUGAAACUAGUUACUCAGUUGGUACUAACCCAACAUCAGUAGCAGUUGCCGAUGUGAACAGCGACAAUAAACCCGAUAUCGUUGUUACGAACUAUGGUGCGAACACCAUCAAUGUUCUUCUCAACACAGGCAGCGGCACCUUUAAUACUCAAAAUACUUACUCAGUUGGUAUUCACCCAGAGUCAGUAGCAGUUGGCGAUGUGAAUAACGACAAUAAAUCCGAUAUUGUUGUUGCGAACGGUGGUUCGAGCACGGUUGGUGUUCUUCUCAAUACAGGCAACGGCAUCUUUAAUACUCAAACGAAUUACACAGUUGGUAGUAGCCCUCAAGUAGUAGCAGUCGUCGAUGUAAAUAGCGACAAUAAAUCCGAUAUUAUUGUUGUAAAUGUUGGUUCGGGUUCAGGCACUGUCGGCGUUCUUCUCAACACAGGAAAUGGUACCUUUAAUGCUCAAACCACUUACUCAGUUAGUAAUGAACCUCAAGCACUAGCAGUCGUCGAUGUAAAUAACGACAGUAAACCCGAUAUUGUUGUUGCAAACUAUGGUUCGAACAACGUCGGUGUUCUUCUUAACACAGGCACUGGCACCUUUAAUGCUCAAACUACCUACACACUUGGCUAUGCCCCUCAAUCAGUAGCAGUGGUUGAUGUGAAUAGUGACAAUAAACCUGAUAUUAUUGUUACAAGCGAGAUUUCGAGCAUUGUCAGUGUUCUCUUGCAUUCUUAA